CCCCCCCCCCCCCCCCCCCCCCCGACCCCGCAUGGGAAUAAUGGAUAGAGUAUGCAGCAGCAUAGUACCUUUGUAUUUAUCUGUCUUAGUUGUAUUGCCAUCUAGUGGCAGGUUAGUGCACAUACAGUAUAAUAGCAGCUUAAUUUGUCAGACAGCAGACAAAUUAAGAUAUGUUAGAUAUACUUUCAUACUUCCUUCCCCUUUUUCAGCAUGAAAAAUAUUUAUUUCUCUGACCAGCCUGGCAGCAAUGCAAAGGUAUACCUAGAUAUUACUUCUUCGCAUAUUUCCAAAGAAUUGGAUCCAGAUUAAGCUUUCAUGCCAGUUUGGACUGUUUGAAUAACAUCAGUGUUACAGUAACUGUUUUGCAAAAGGAGGGAGGAUGUGUCAAACCAAUGAGGGUUUACAUUAGUUAUGCGUCUUAUGCUCUGCUGGAAUAGUGACAAUGAAGACUGAGUGGAAUCUACAUUAGUUUCUUAAAACAGGUCAAAGCAAUCAAUAACAAGCGUGUUUUGGUGUGAGUUUGGGGUUUUUGGAUUCCUGCUCACAUUUAAACAAAAUGAACUUCAUGCUGAAUUCUGGACGAUUCCACACCACAAAGAAAAAUGAAUUCAGUCUUGUGGCUAAAGUACUGUAAGUGUGGGCAAAUACACAGUGACCGAAAAUGAAAAAGAAAGUGGGAAUAAAGGAAGGGCGUCACAGUGAGCGAGUAUAAAUAUCCUAGAGGAAAAUAACAGGAAGAAGAGGAACUGCUACUUGUGCAAAACAAGUUUGAGUAGCAGACUAAAGAUGGACAGUGGAAGUGUCUCUAGAAGAGUGUCUGCAACGGCAGCUGAUGGGAAAAAAACGUUCAUCGACAAACUAAAAAGUGAAUUUUUAAACAGUCCUCUUGCAUCAAAUGUUGUUCUUGGCCUGAUCCUCACUGGCUUAGAAAAGGCUGUGGAGGUGGAGUUUGCGUGUCCUUGCGAUCCCAAAUGGAACGCUCUGUUUACAGCAGCAUAUUUCAUACUUCCUGGAGUUGCUGUCUCUGUGCUGAUGCUGGUUAUUAAAGGUAUAAUAUCUUGUAAAUGCAACAUCUGCCAAGAGGGAGAUCCUAGUUGUUCAUAUGAAUGCAAAAUUUGCAAAGAAUGGAAAAAUUUUAUUUAUGGCCUGGUUCCUAUCAUAAUAUGGCUCGUCCUGGUCUUCUUGGAUGGUCAAUACUUUGCCUGUGCAAACACAAACUGGUCAGGCCGGUAUAUAAUCGUUGACAAAGCUGAGCCCCAGAGAUGGUGUGAACCUGCCAAUGGCACCUCAUACAUGGAGAGAAUGAGCCUGACCCAGCGGUGGUACUUUCAUUCUCAGGUCAUUGGAUUUGCGAUUCUAUUUGGCUGUCUUGUUUCAUUAGGAAUAGUUAUAUGCUGUAUUUGGCUGUAUAAUCGUUGGUGUAAGCAAAAGAAAAAAGCCAGAAGUCCAGAGGAUCCAGAGGAUCCAGACCAGAUCCUGUGACACUGACCUGAUCGUCUGACCUCGAGAAAGCCUGCUCCCCACUGGUACCUGUCAAACCAUUGCAGAACUCUUGCCUUCCCUUGUCCUUGAACCCGAUUCCGCCUGCUCCUCCUGUACCGUCACAUGAAAUAUACUGUGUAUGACCUGGACUGUUUGUACCUUGAUUAUUGGAUUAAACCUUGACUUUACCGUCUACUCUGUGUGUUCGCACUGUGCAUGUGGGUCCGAUCUCUGCCUAAGCCUGACAACAUGUUUUAGCAGUUGCUCAUUCUAAAUUCAAUUAAAGUAAAUGUAAUGUAUGUUCCAUGCUAACAAAAAUAUGAAAUGAUUUAUGUUACUGGAGAAAUGUAAUGUGUAAUGCUUUGUAAAUAUUUUCUUUUUCAGUCUUGUGUUUCUGUUAACAAUGUGGUGUCAACACAUGAUUCACUAUUAUACUUAGGUCUUGUCACUAGCUAUUCAACUGUAAAUCAAAUCAUCAGCUUUUCCACUCAUUAACAAAUAUAAUGCACUGAGUAUUAAACAAGAACUGGUGAAGCACAAGGCUUAUUUUUUGGGUAUAUGUUUAUUAACUGUAAUAAAAUCUUGUGAACAUGUGAA